CCGGGACUGCAGGUGCGGCUUCCGCGUCAAGAUGGCUGCCGCCUGUCGCUCUUCAGCUUGGCUCCCUCCCGGCCUCCUGGGCCGCCUGCCUGCCCCGGCCCAGCUGCUGCGCGUUGCCCUGUGCCUCCUGUGCUGGGCCCCGGCGGCUGUCGACGCCGUCCCUGAGCUCGGGCUUUGGACGAGGACCGUCAAUGACAAAUCAGGACCUUUGAUAUUUAGGAAAACUAUGUUUAACUCUACUGAGAUCAAGUUUUCUGUGAAAUCAUUCAGUUGUUCUGGACCUGUGAAGUUUACCAUAGAGUGGCAUUUGAAGUAUCACACCUGUCACAAUGAAUACUCUGACCUGGAGGAGGAGCUGUCACAAAAACAUGCACUUAAUGCUGAUACGGACUUCUGUGCUUAUUUCAAGAACAUUGACUGUUGGACAACAAAAAGUGAAAACUUAGAUUGCAACAGUGAUUUACAGGCAUUUCCCUCAUUAAAUAAUAAAGAACUAACAGGCAGCAGAAAUGUUUCAAGCCAAGAAGGAUCAAUGGAUGUUGUAGCCAAGACCCAGAAAGAUGGCUUCCACAUCUUCAUCAUUUCUAUUAAAACAGAAAAAACAGAUGCAGUCUGGAAUUUGAAUGUUUCUCUUUCUAUGGUUGGACCUCAUGGAUACAUCUCUGCGUCAGACUGGCCUCUAAUGAUUUUUUACAUGGUGAUGUGUAUUGUUUACAUACUUUAUGGUGUCCUCUGGCUGAUGUGGUCUGCCUGUUACUGGAAAGAUAUAUUAAGAAUCCAGUUCUGGAUUGCAGCUGUGAUUUUCCUAGGAAUGCUUGAAAAAGCAGUUUUUUAUAGUGAAUACCAAAACAUCAACAGCACUGGACUGUCAACCCAAGGUUUACUGAUAUUUGCAGAGUUGAUAUCUGCAGUGAAGAGGACAUUGGCUCGCCUGCUUGUGAUCAUUGUGAGCUUGGGUUAUGGCAUUGUGAAGCCUCGGUUAGGAACAGUUAUGCAUCGGGUGAUUGGACUGGGACUGCUUUACUUGAUCUUUGCAGCCAUUGAAGGCGUCAUGAGAGUCAUUGGGGCGAAUGACUCUGAUCUUGUUCUUCUGGCCAGCCUGCCUCUCUCUCUUCUUGACUCAGGCUUGUGCUGGUGGAUUUUUAUAAGUUUGGCACAGACUAUGAAGACUCUAAGGCUAAGAAAGAACACUGUGAAAUUUUCAUUGUAUAGGCAUUUUACAAAUACACUCAUCUUUGCUGUGCUGGCUUCUAUAGUGUUUAUGGUGUGGACAACAAAGACCUUCAGGAUUGCAAAAUGCCAAUCAGACUGGAUGGAGCUCUGGGUUGAUGAUGCAUUUUGGAGCUUUCUCUUUUCACUCAUCCUUAUUGUGAUAAUGUUCUUAUGGAGGCCAUCAGCGAAUAAUCAGAGGUAUGCCUUCAUGCCCUUGAUAGAUGAUUCUGAUGAUGAAGUUGAGGAAUUCAUGGUAACAUCUGAAAAUUUAACUGAAGGAAUAAAACUAAGAGCUUCAAAAACAGUUUCAAACGGAACAGCUAAACCUACUUGUGAUAAUUUUGAUGAAGAUUUGAAGUGGGUGGAAGAAAAUAUUCCCUCUUCAUUCACAGACGUAGCUCUCCCCGUCUUAGUGGACUCAGAUGAGGAAAUUAUGACCAGAUCUGAAAUAGCUGAAAAGAUGUUCUCUUCAGAAAAGAUAAUGUGACUGGGACCUGUAGUCGACGGCUUCACUCUGUUUCAUUGUGUUGUCUUGGAGAUUUGUGUACGAAAAUGAAGGAUUCAGGAGUGGGAGGGUCUGCCGCCCUCAUAAAGCCAUCUUUAAAACUGACUCAUAAAGUCAGUUUAAUUGCCAUUAAGUUGCCUGAAUUUGGAAAUAAUCUGAUAGUCUUAGCAAUGUCUACACAGAUGUGAGUUAGGUGACAGCUACUGGCAUUCAAAUUUGUGGUCUCAGUUUUCUCCAGAACAAAGAAUCUGUAGCUGGGUGUGGUUAUACAUGCCUGGCAGUUGAAAUCUCUGAAUUCAAGGCCAGCCUGGUCUACGAAGUUCCAGGACAACCAGAGAGAGCUACGUAGUGAGACCCUGUCUCAAAAAAAUCACACAAACAACAAAAGUAAAAAAAGAAAAGGGAAAGAAUCUAUGAACACACCUUCCUUCUCCUCUUAAGAUAACAUGAUGCUCCUGAAUGCUCCACAGCAGUGUUCAUCUUUGUAGUGGUAAUUUUAUUGGAGUUUUUAUACUGAAGUGACUUAAUAUUGGAACAUGAGCAUGUUCAUAUGUUUAGUCCUGUCCCCUCUGUUGGUGUACACAAAGCUCUUAUUUGUAAAUACCACCAUGCACUGCACAUCAUGGAAUCUGAGCUCAGGGGAAUACAAGUGCACAACGAGAAACGUAUGUCCAAAGACAUGCAGGCCACAUGUACACAUGCUGCUGCUAAUUCUGCUGUGACACUGGCCCUGUGGCUCCCCUAAAGCACUUUCUUCCCAGCCCCUCCGUGCACCAUUCCUUUUGUGGGGACUGUGCACAGUAUCAGGUUGGUUACACAUUCUUGGUGUUUGCCAUUCCAUGAUGGCAACUAACUAUUACCAUGCAUCAACAUGUAAUUUACCAACCCUCAACCAUAUUUCUCACCUUGCUUUGUUAAAUUAUGUUUAUAAUGUAUGAUUGAGAGUUUGUAUUCUAAUAUUUUAAAUAUAGAAUGUUGUAGACUUGAAAGGCACUUGAAUAUAGUGUGAUGAAAAUGUGAAUGCUUUACUACUUUUGUGACCAAAGAUACCAGGCUGACAACAUUUAGUAAUGAAAGGCAGGGUCUUAGGGCUUUCCUCUGUAGGACUCUUGGCCUUGUGAAUUGCAGUAACUUGGAAUAAUUGAGAAAAUGUGAAAAUCUGACCAGGAACAUUUAACUAUAACCUGCAGUGAUUUUCACUGUGAUGCCACAAAACAAACCCUUCAUUCAAAAGCCUACUUUUUGAGUUAAUUUCCUGUGUACUUAUUUCAAAGGGGUUGAUAGAGAUAUAUUUCUAUAGCUGUAUGUCUGGAAAAUGUGUUUUCCAUAGUGAACACUGGGAAACUGUGCAGUGUUGGCAGACCUGAUGGAGAAAGGCUGGCUCGAAUACCCACUGGUUCCUGGCGCUUCCCAGGGGGAGAGUGGCCAGUUCAACCGUGGUGGCUCCACUCCUGUCAGUUUCCACCACAGCAGUGGCUUCUGUCCACCAUGCUUUCCUGUGUGCUUGUCCAUUUUGGCUUUGGCAUAGUCUACUUUCUAACUAGUUAUUUGAGAACAGGAGAUGCCUCUUAAGGGGUGGGGGUUGCAGGGUGUCGCUGUAGCCCAGGCUGACUGAUGUUGGACUUGAGAACCUUUUGCUAAGAUUGCAGGCAUGCACCACCAAGGCCCACUUUGAAUCUGCAUUUAAUGCCCUGUCCUCCCCGGUGAGGCAGUUCACCCACACCCCCAUUGCCUGCAGUUGAAUGUUUCUGUGCACAGCCAGCAGGAGCCCACACUGGUAAGUGUAUUGGGUAGCUGAUGGCCAGGGAAAUGCUUUUGAUACCACCUCAGUAGUGUUUCAAAAAGAAAAAACAGGAAAGAUAAGUGAUGUUGCCUCUGUCAUAGCUCCAGGCUGAAAUGAACACUUUUGUUUCCAUCCAGAGCUAGUAGAGUUCCAUCUUAAUCCCUAGAAGUGUUUUGGAAGGGUGUGUGUGGUGUCUGUUGCCUUUAGUGAUAAUUGUGCCAUGUGUAAUAAUGUUCAGUGACCUGAGUAUUUCUUGGGGGGCCUUCUUAGCCCUAGCGUAUGUCCCUACACAGUAGGUGUAGUUCAUAAGCACUGGGAGGGCUGCCGUGUAGCCCCUCAAUCUCCUUCCCCAUCUGCCCCAAAUCUCCAGACAACACUGGGACAUUCCAGGUGCCCACCUCUGUUUGUUCAGGAUGCUGUUGGCAGGACCUCCCAGUUAGUUGAGAGGUCUGAGGAUAAGGUUCCAGUUUAGUGCUCAGACUUCUUGUUAUUUAGUUCAUGCUAAAUUUUGAUGAUUUAUGAAGUUUGCUUGAGACAUUUUUUCAUAAUUUGAAUUAGGUUAAUAUUUAAAUGUGUGCCUUCUGGGGUAGUUAUUAUAUUUCAGUAAGAAACAAGAGUUGGAAAUUGUCAACUUGGGAGUUGGUAGGAUGCCCCCAUGCUUUUCCUAGAUUUUUUGUUUGUUUUUUGUAUUUUUUUUUAACUGUUUUCCUAUCCUGUGGAAAGUGCGAACUUUCUGUCUGGAUUAUGGUACAUCAUGCUUAGACUACUAUAAUGUCAAGAUUAGGCUUAACGUGUGCACAUAGAGUUGAUCUGCAUACCCUUUUGAAGGAGGUUUGGGGCUAUUGACCUGGCUGUCUAUAACUGAAGCUGAGAGAGACCAUGCUAGGUUUUGUCUCCUGUUGUGAUACUCAUGUCUGUGAUUGACAGCAUGCAGUAAGCAAUACAAAACACCAAGCCUUACAUCUAUCAGAGGAAGUUUAAUAUUCAAAUUGUGAACACUCAGAUAUAUAUAAGUGACAAGACUAGAUUUCUAAGGAAGUGUACACUAUAGGACAGGAACUUGAUACUGUAUGAAGCUUCUUUAGAACUAGGAAAACAUUCAUUCUUUGGGGAGAAAGUUUAGAGGUUAAAAUAUAUUCUCUAUUUAAAAAGAUUAAAUUAUUAUUUGGGAGAAAUUUCUUUGAGUAUAGAACACAGCAAUUUAAAGGACUUUUUGUUUGAAAAAAUUGUAUUUUUGUGCCUUAAUAUUUUUUUUAAAUAAAUUUCUUUCUGACAUUUGGA